CGACGUCAUAACCCACCCUUUGUCCGCCCAAUCACUUGACCCCUCCCCCUCAUUCCUCUGAGUACAGCUCUCCAAUCGCACGGUUCCAGCGCCUGUUGUACCUAUGCUGUAGGGGGUUUUCAGCAGGUUCACGGCGCACCGUGCCUUAAGCUGUGCUAACUGGAGGUGGGAAGUCGCAAUGCAUGUCUUGCAUUCAUUCCUCCUGCCCAGCCCAACCAACAGAGCGAAGCUGAACUGGCGAUAAUACACUUUUUCCCACACUCAAUUUCCCACGUCCUUUUCUCUUUCUUACAACAAUCGCCGAUAUUCGAGCAGAAUCAAGUCAUCACCGGCGAUAGUGUCACGCGAUAGUCCUCAGCGUAUUCUCCGCCUGACAUCAACAGGCGCCCAUCUUCCUGAGCCGCCGUUGACGGCGAAACCCUCGAUACCUGACGUCGCCUCAUAUCAUCGCAUCUACGUCUACUUCUACGACCAUCCCGACUCGAAGCUCUUGAGUAAAGACAAUACCCUUUGCCUUUCAAUCAGACAUCCUCUCACUACCGAAACGAUCUACCGUCAUCAUGGCGCAGACGCAGCCCCCGACCUUCAUCAACCUCCCACCUCCCACCUCCAGACCAGAGACCCCCUCUGAGAUGCCAGGCACUCCUACGAGCACCACUACCUCGCUUUCCGCCCUAUCUACCACUGCGAUCAAAGAUGGUCAUCGCGGCCACUUCCCACAGGGUCCUCUCAGUCGCGGACACCAACAUAACCCUUCCACCCAAAGCCUCGAGGCUGAACGUGCCGACCGAAUUUCCCGACUCGCUGGUCUCGAGCGAGUUUCAACCCUCCGGGCACCUCCUCAAGCGAACGCCCAAGGAGCAUCAUCUCCCUCGCCUCAGACCACGCCAACCUCUACAACUGGGUUUCCGCCCAACUACCCUGCUACACAGCACCUGACACCUGCAUAUUUCGAUAGCAAUGGCCAGCCUGUCGCCGUGACCAAGAUGAGUACUGUCGGAACGGCCAGCGCAACUGAGAGCCAUGUUGGCGAUGGCGAUGAUACGCGCACAACUGCUGGCGAACACGAUGAAGACAUGUUUAGCACCGAUACCAACUACCGUGAAGCCGAGUCAGUCGCAAGCAUGGGUGGCUAUCCCGACGCUAUGGAUGAGGACCUCGAUGGUGCCAAUGCUCGUUCUGUGGCUGGUUAUGACGAUCGCAUGAGCGAUGACGGCUCUGCCUCUCUCGUUGGGUUUGGUGAGGGUGCGGGCAGUACCGUAUCUGGGCCCAUUUAUCAUCGUCGAACGGCUCCCCAAGCUUGGGGUCUUGAAAGAACCAAUUCGGGCCUGAGCGACGCCCGGCGGGAGCGUGACACUCAUAUGGGCGGUGACACGCCUGUGAGUGUGUCUGCCCUCCAGGAGCGCCGGGACGCUCGCAUGAUGGACGGUGUCGCGACUGAUCCGAAUCCAGGCCAAGCACCAGAGAACGACUCUUUUGUUGACACAACCUUCCGAGGCCCUGUCUCUGCGUCGCAACCUCAAUCACAAACUGCUGCUGCUCAGGAGGCGGCAGAGCGUAUUGUCCAGAGGUUGGACAGAGGUGAGACAAGGGCGCCUGCUUCGGGUCUUGUAGGACCUGGACGGGGUGACGAGCCUUUGGGCAAGUUCUACUUUGAAGGCGAGAAGCGUGAUGAUUAGAGAGGCUAUUAUAUCAAAAGAGAUAUCCCAGCUGAGCCUUCAUCUGCAAGGGUGGGGAUGACUCCAGAGCUGGAUUGAAGGACGCUGCCAGGCACGGCGAACUUGAGAGAUAUGGUCAUAUUUCUCAUGCUGUGCUCGUCCUCAGAAGGAGUUUCUAUGUUGUUUAGAUUAUAUGCGUACGCAUUGCUGUUCCGCCAGUUUAUGUUUACAUGUUGAUAUUUCGUUGGGGCCCCCAUCUUGAGAUGAGCUCAGGGCAGUUUGUAAUAAAGGCCGUUUAUGCUGUACAAACACGUCCUUUUCAGCCAUUGACUUUAGUACCUGUGUACAGAGUAUUUUGUUUCUUUUGCGAAUAUGUCACGAUGCAAUCGGGGUUUGAUUGGACAUUGAAUGGUCUUCCAACGUUGCCGAGGUCAAUUUAGAUCCUGGCACGUUGCUUCAUGUUAUUGUGGUCAAAGCCAAAGCAUGCUGUAUUAUCAGCAUGCCCGUUGUACCUGGUCUCUAAAUAUGACGCCGCUAUCUAUUCGCCUCAAAUUGUGUGACCAUGCUCCGUGCACUUCAUUUGGCAGAUAUCAUGAAACUAAAAUAGCGGGAAAGAAUGGCGUCGGCCAUGGCUUUCAUCACUCUCUACCUCAAAACCAUCGCUCGUUCUGUAAGUGCAUCUGGCCAGAGAUAAACGCCAGUCCCAUCAAAUAGGUGAACCUAGUCUUGGAGCGGGCUAAUCGCAACGCUCCUCUCAGACAAAUGCCAUCCAAAGCGUUCAAUGAAACAACCAUGGGCCUACAUGAAGGCACACUUGAGGGAAAAGGAAACCAAACUGUGAACGAUACAGAACCCAUGUGACUUCUUGCGUCGUAAUGCCUCGGUGAUGAAUUGAUAAGAUGAUGAUCUAGGCUUGGGUGCUGAAACACCAGACCUCACCUUUUUCCAGCUCCCGUCUCAGAUAUAUGCGCAAGCUGCCAUUUCGGGCGCUAAUGAAUUCUCAGAGACCUCGGAGCUGCAGGAAGAAAAGCAACAACAAUAACAGACUGGUAUACUGUCAUAAACUUGGCUCUGUAAACAUUAUAUGCAUAAAUGAAAAGCUGUACCAUGUGGUAACGAUCUGGAGAACUCCAGUGUUGUGGUAUAUAUGGUGACGCAAAUUUGAAUAUGACGAAUGAUUAUUCGCAUGCUGUCGGAUAAGUUCAUGCGCAGGAGAAAUCAAGACGCAUUCGUCGAACAACGCCUUGCCAGUCCCAUACAGACACCCAGUCACCCUGAUCCAUGCAAGCCCAAACCUUUUCUAGGAGUUCCAUGACACGCUCGCAGUUCCGUAGGCCUGUAUAUCCGCGAACAGCUCUUACUGCAGUGCGUAUGCGUUCCUGCUGGGCUGGCUCAAAGCAAGCAGUGCCAAUAACUAGACAGGGGAUAAGUAGCAGGGUCUGGGAGGGGUCAGAAGGCUUGAAUGACUCCAAAAUAGUGAGAGACUCUUCGACGGCGAGCGUGAUUCGUCGGUCGUGAUAUGCUGGCCUUCUGGAAGGUGGGGGUGAAGAUGCCCUCUCUUGGCAUGUUGAUGAGUCUUGUUCAUGCAUGGAAUUUGUCCUCGAAGGGUUGCGAGAUGUUGGACAGCUACUGGCCAUGUGAACAUCAGUAGCCCCAGUGGCACCGUUGCCCCUUGAUACUGUGGCCAUCAUCGAAGCUCGUCUGGGUGGUGGUGGCGGAGGAGCAACAGUAGUUGAGGCCGAGAUGGGCAAGGUGCUGAACGUCGAACGGCGCAUCGAGGAGACUGAAGGUGGGUAGAUCGUCCGGAAAAGAUACACCCACAUCAUCUGCUUGUAGAGCAGUCCGACUCGGUCACGGCUGUCACCCCAUGGCCAGUUUGGUGUCCACUCGCGAAUGGCCGCGUCAAUCUCAGCAGCCUGGUACAAGCUGGUGUAGUCCACCACUGGGUCAACACCAGCAGAAAUGUUGGCUCGGAUCGUGUUUCGAAUAGUCGUGAUCUGAGAUAGAUACUGGAAGAGGCCAUCCCCAACACCUAUCAAACGGGGAGGCUGUAUCGGUGCUACAGGCUCCCAAUCUUCAGACGACAGUCUGGCUGUCAUAUUCUCAGGGUGCCAGAAUAAGUCAUCGGCAAAGAUGUGGUACUGGAAGAACUCGGUAAUGAAAGUAUAUAAAGCAGGGUCCUCAGGGGGUGAGUGUUGAAUCAGAGUCUGGUAAGCUUGAAGGUGCACACGAUGUUCACCUCGAGGGUUUCCAUCGGCUCUCGUCUGAAGAAGCAAGCAAAGCAUUUGUCCAUAUCUUGCAGAGAGAAUGGUCUUGUACUCGGGAUCGUCUUUGUCCAAUGGCCGUCCCAUAUCCUCGUACAGUCGCUUCAUGGACUCGUCGUGGUGAUAGUCGGCGCGUUGUUGCAACGCCUCCCGGUUGGACUGAGGAUGGUCGGCCAAUAACUUGGCACCAUACGGUGUAUCCCAGUCGAUGUGCUUGCUGCUGACUGCCAGAAUAGAGUGCAUGAGGCCCUGGUGUUCAUUGGCGAGGUGAAGGAUGAUGUCUUUGAAGGCAUUUCUGGCCUCUCCUUCAACUGUUAAGACAUUGCUCAGAUGGGUAAUAUAAUGUUUCCAAAAGACCUUAUCCUCGACAGUCUCGACACCAUGGAAGAUUGGUUGCAUAGUAAUGAUUGGAAGGGCCUCCUGGCGUAAAC